GCGAUAACAUACAAGCAUGACAGCAGUUGACCUAAACAUUUUGUUUUCUCCGUAAAUUGCAGUUAAAAAGUCACUGCAAGGAGAUUAAUAUUUAAAAAAAUUGACAUUUUGGUGAAGGGACGUGUUUUAGGAAACAGAGCCCCCAAACCGUUAUUAUGAAUUAAGUAUAACUUAGUGCAUUCAAGUCAGUCCGGGGGUUCAGAGUAAGAUAUGUUUUACUGUUUUGUGUUAUAAUUACGAAUUAUUAAACUGUCAAAUGUUUGUACAAUGUGUGUGACAUAAUAGUUUAUAAAAGUUCAAAUACAUAUGAAUGACCUCGAUACGUAAUGGUUCAGAGGAUGGAUGCGUGAGUAGAUGUGUCACAGAAACGGCUUGAACAAACAGCAGCUGAGCACGUCAAUGAAUGCUUAACAAUGCUGCGGAUGAAGACACUACAUCUACUGCAGGCUCAUAUAUCAUGCUGGUCUGCGGUGAUGCAAAAUUUUCAUAAGCUGGCCUCCAUCAAACAUGUUUGUCUUCUCUCUGAGAGGAGACGUCAGGGUCUUCUGUACCCCUUUAGUGCUCUGGAGGAGCACUUGACCCCACAGGUAGACCAAACAGAAUUCAAGAUCUUCCAUCCCAGCCUGAACGAUCUCUGUCGGGCAGAGACACUGUUCACUCCCUCCCAAAAAAAGCACAUUGACUACUCCACUUCAGCAGUCCGGAUGGAUCAUGUACCUGCGCUUAAACAGCCAGAGGUGUGCUUUAUGGGCAGGAGUAAUGUAGGGAAGUCCUCUCUCAUCCGAGCUUUGUUUUCUCUUGCUCCAGACGUAGAUGUGCGUGUCUCUAAAACACCGGGUCACACUAGAAAGCUGAAUUUCUUCACUGUGGGAAAGGCUUUUGCUUUAGUGGACAUGCCGGGGUAUGGACACAGGGCUCCACAGGACUUUGUGGAGAUGGUAGAACCUUACCUUCAGGAACGUCAGAAUCUGGUGAGGACGUUCUUGCUGGUGGAUAGUGGUGCAGGACUGCAGAGGGCAGAUUUAGUUGCUGUGGAAAUGUUGGAGGAGUUCAAUUUACCUUAUGUGCUGGUGGUGACUAAAAUAGACAGAACUAGACAGGGCGCUUUGUUGACCUUGAUGGUACAGCUGCAGGACUUUAUCAAGAAGCAAACCAGCACGUGUUUUCCACAACCCUUUUUAGUGAGUUCAGUCCAGUUCUCUGGAAUUCAUCUUCUCAGGUGUUUCAUUGUACAUGUAACAGGAAAUCUUCAGCUUACUGCUGAACCAACAUAACUGACUGCCAUGGCGGUCUCUCAGAUGCAGGUCAGCUAUGCGACAUAAAAAAAGUUUGCCAUCUUAAAAUGACAAGUAAAUGUUUCUUGAAUUUAAGAUCUGAUCGUUGUGUUCUUGAGCAUUGAAUUGUUUGUGCUAAAGAUGUAUUGUUAUUUUGUGUAUUAUUUACAGAGGGCUGACAUUAAAUACCUUUUUAGCUGUUUCAAGAUUUUAAAUGUUGGCAUUUCAGCAGCACAGAAUAAACUAAAUUGUCCAAAGAUGAGUUUGUCAUGUUAUUGUUUUACAGCAUACUUUGGGUGGGUUCCAGAAUAAAUUCUCUUGUUGUAUACAGUAAAAAUGAUGUUUAGGAAUUGUUUAUGUUCAAACUGAGUCUGGUCUUGCUUUAAACAAAAUUAGCUUGUGAAAACAGGAACGCAUUCAGUUCCAGAUCAGUUGUUUUGACCUGUAUUAAAGUUUAACUUGCCCUACUAAGUAAAAUCUUUAGCGUUAGUGUUGAAGUCAUCUGAUAUGUCACGUGAGCUUUUCAAUGAUUGUCAUCCUUUUAUUCUUAAAACUAACACAGGAUGUUUUGUUUCAUGUUUCACACAAGUCACUAUAUACACUGAACCCAGGGUUAUUAAUCAAGCCUGAGGAGUCAGUUCUCAAGAUGGGUAAAUCCUGGGUUAAUGUCCAUAUUUGUAUGUUUACAAGGUCCAUAAUAUACGGCAUGCAACGAGUAUCCGGUCUGUCUUAAAAUACUGCUUGGCUAGUCUAUGAAAA